AUGCCUCGAAAAGUCUCUUUCUCGGAAACUCAACUACCCAAUUUCGACAAACCCAUCCGCCCUCCUUCUAUCAGCGUCGACUUUUCCACCACUGUCCCCGAAUGCCCCGUCACUGCAGCCCGCCAACCAGCUCGCUAUACGAACGACUACAUUGAGAAGCCGGGGGUGCCGCGGGCCAAUACCACUGCCUCGAUUGACCGGCCGGACGGGGAUGAGAGCUAUACAAAGCAAUUUGGCGAUUUUACCCCCCUCCAACAACAUGUCCUCUUCUGGGACCGCGACCGCGACGGGCAAAUAUACCCCUGGGAUACAUAUAACGGCUUUCGCGACCUAGGGUUCAAUAUCAUCUUCUCCUUCUUAGCUGUUCUAAUCAUCAACUUGAACUUCUCCUAUCCGACUCGCCUGGCGCAUUCGUAUCUCCCGGACCCGUGGUUUAGGGUAUAUGUGGAUGCGGUUCACAAAGCUAAGCACGGCUCAGACAGCAAUACCUACGACCCCGAAGGACGCUUCGUUCCCCAAUCGUUCGAGAAUAUGUUCGCCAAAUAUGAUCGAGAUGGUGACGGGGCAUUGACAUUGCGGGAGCUGUUUGAUAUGAUGCACGGGAACAGAUGCGCGGCUGAUCCGUUUGGUGUAUGA